CCCCUGCAGCUUCGAGGCAGAGAAUGGACCCACGGCUUCCCCCGGUGGUCGCAGCCCCCUGGACUCGCAGGCGAUCCCGGGCCUCGUGCUGCACGCGGGAGCGGCCACCAGCCAGCGCCGGGAGUCCUUCCUCUACCGCUCGGACAGCGACUAUGACAUGUCGCCCAAGACCAUGUCCCGGAACUCCUCGGUCACCAGCGAGGCGCACGCAGAGGACCUCAUCGUCACCCCCUUUGCCCAGGUGCUGGCCAGCCUCCGGAGUGUUCGCAGCAACUUUUCACUCCUGACCAAUGUCCCCAUUCCCAGCAACAAGCGGUCCCCGCUGGCUGGCCCACCCCCCGUCUGCAAGGCCACGCUGUCAGAGGAGACGUGUCAACAGCUGGCCCGGGAAACACUAGAGGAGCUGGACUGGUGUCUGGAGCAGCUGGAGACCAUGCAGACCUACCGCUCUGUGAGCGAGAUGGCCUCUCACAAGUUCAAGAGGAUGUUAAACCGGGAACUUACACACCUUUCAGAGAUGAGCAGAUCCGGGAACCAAGUCUCUGAGUAUAUUUCCACCACAUUCCUGGACAAACAGAAUGAAGUGGAGAUCCCCUCGCCCACCUUGAAGGAGAAACAGCCAGCCCCUCGGCCCAGAGCCUGCUCACAGCCCCCCAAUGCGCCUGGACCCCACUUCCAGCCUAUGUCUCACAUUACCGGGGUGAAGAAGGGGACCCACAGUGGCAGCCUGAGCAACUCCGACAUCCCCCGAUUUGGGGUGAAGACAGACCAAGAAGAAUGCCUGGCUAAAGAACUGCAAAACCUGAACAGAUGGGGCCUGAACAUCUUCUGCGUGUCGGAUUAUGCUGGUGGCCGCUCUCUAAGCUGUAUCAUGUACACUAUUUUCCAGGAGCGCGAUCUGUUGAAGAAGUUCCGAAUCCCCGAGGACACCAUGGUGACAUACAUGCUGACAUUGGAAGAUCACUACCACGCCGACGUGGCAUACCACAACAGCCUGCACGCCGCCGACGUGCUGCAAUCCACACACGUGCUGCUGGCCACGCCCGCCCUGGACGCUGUCUUCACCGACCUGGAGAUCCUUGCCGCCCUCUUUGCCGCUGCUAUUCACGAUGUGGACCACCCCGGGGUCUCCAACCAGUUUCUUAUCAACACCAAUUCUGAGCUGGCUCUGAUGUACAACGACGAGUCGGUGCUGGAGAACCACCACCUGGCCGUGGGCUUCAAGCUGCUGCAGGAGGACAACUGCGACAUCUUCCAGAACCUGAGCAAGCGCCAGCGACAGAGCCUGCGCAAGAUGGUCAUCGACAUGGUGCUGGCUACGGAUAUGUCCAAGCACAUGACCCUCCUGGCUGACCUAAAGACCAUGGUGGAGACCAAAAAAGUCACUAGCUCGGGGGUUCUUCUACUGGACAACUAUGCUGACCGUAUCCAGGUGCUGAGGAACAUGGUACACUGCGCAGACCUGAGUAACCCCACCAAGCCGCUGGAACUGUACCGCCAGUGGACAGAUCGUAUCAUGGCUGAGUUCUUCCAGCAGGGCGACCGGGAGCGGGAGAGGGGCAUGGAGAUCAGCCCCAUGUGUGACAAGCACACGGCCUCUGUGGAGAAGUCCCAGGUGGGCUUCAUCGACUACAUCGUCCAUCCGCUGUGGGAGACAUGGGCAGACCUGGUGCACCCUGAUGCUCAAGAGAUUUUGGACACGCUGGAGGACAACCGCGACUGGUACUACAGUGCCAUCCGCCAGAGCCCCUCGCCACCCCUGGAGGAAGAGCCUGGGGGUCCUGGCCAGCUGCUACCCCCAGACAGAUUCCAGUUCCAGCUGACCCUGGAGGAGGAUGAGGAGGACCCAGCAGUGGCCCCAGGCAUCCUGGAUGGGCUCAGGCUCAAGGUCGACGGCCAGGAGGCGUCCCCCAUCCAGGAAGUGGGUUCCAGCAGACCUGCAGACUCAACCCACAGCCUGGCCCUGCCCCCCGAUGGCUGCCCCUCCCCAGAUGAGUUCCUGGACUCCCUUAGCUACGGUGGUACCCCUGUGCUGUGUCUAGAGUGCCCCUCCAUACCUAGCUUGAGGACCCCACCUGCUCCAGAGGCAGCCCCCCGCUUCCCCUCGACAGCACCCCAAGUUGGGGCUUACAGAGAGUACCAGAUGGCCCAGAACACAGGUCUGGGGGUAACUGAAGAGCACCUACCCCCGCUCCCCACUCCUGGCAGGUGGGGGCCCUCAGGAGGCCCAACCUGAACACUAGCCCCAAACCACCAUCACUCUCAUCCCCACCUAGGGAAAAAGAAAAAAAACAAAAACAAAAAAACCUUGUUUGCUGCCUCAAAGACUCUCAGCCACCCUCAAAAAAAGAAAAAAAAAAAAAGUUCAUUUUUUAAAAUUUUCUUUUCUGUUUUUUUUUUUUUUUUUUGCCAUGGUGGGGAAAGAGAACCAUUUUCUCUCUCUCUCUCUCCUAUCCCCUCCAGUCUGUGGUGGUGGGCUUUGUGUUUUUUUUUUUUUUUCUUUUAAAGUGGAGGUCCUCUGGGAAACCAAGUUCCAAAGCGUCACAGAAGGUAUUUUAUUUUUUUGGCGGGGGUUAUUUUCAUUGUUCAUAUUUUUAGAAAAAAAAAAAAAAAGACUCAGAAAAUAAGGAACAAAAAAAAAAAAAAAAAAGAGAAAAGAAAAGAAAAAAAGAAAAAAGAAUAUUUUACCAGGAUGAAACACAGCGACUGUAGAUCCCAGCUCCCUUCUCUGCCCCCACCUCCCCACCCCACCUUUCCAUUUCUCACUUCCUGUUCCCCCUUCCCCAGUUUCUGUCUUCCGGCCUCUUCGGGGGCGCUCUCUGUCACAGCACCCAAACUGGCUUUUCAUGUGAAUUUUGAGGAGGUGGGGAAGGCCUUGAAACCCAACAGCCAGGAAAGCCAUGUACGGUUGGGUUCGCCCAAGUCUGGCCCCUUCAUUCUAGCCCCCCACCCAAGCUCCCUGAAGUCUUCCACUUCUACUUUUUGUACAAACUGGGGGGUGAGGCUGGGGAUGCUGCUGCUGGUGGUUUGAACCAUUCACUUUAGGGUAUUUGGAAGUGGUUGUUGCAGGAACCCCAAAACCUUCAGCUUGGCAUCUUAGGUUUAAUGGUGGGGGUCCUGGACCCCAACCUGUCUGUUGGAAACUAGCCUUCCCCCCCUUUCUUCCCCCUCCUCCACUUUUGAAUUUGCUCCAUUUUUUUGAGCUGCUUCUCCUCUUGUCUUUGCCUUAAGUAGGCCUAUUGCUACCCUAUCUGCAGAUGGAGGACCGUGCAGUGGGUCCCAUCAUCUCCCAUGGGUGGGGCAGGGCCAGAAGUGGGACCUCCAUCCUGGAUACACACACUCUGCCCACCUCACCCCACCCCCAAAUCCUCCAGACCACCACCCCCAGACCCUGUGCCCUAGGGAGGAAGCAAUAACAAAUGUACCCUAACACCCCUUCCUGGGGGGAAGCCUUUCCCAAUCCUGCCUCCUACCUUUAUAACCUUCCACUUGACCAGUCUCUACCCUUGAGCCCCCUACCCCCACCCCAAGCAAUACGACAGGCAGAUGUUAGGUCAUUUUUUUUCCUUCAAGCCAUGAAGUGGGGUGUGGGGGGAGGCACUUUGGAAAGAGAGAACCCCUUCUUCCUCUCCCUCUGCCUCCCCCCAACCAUUGCCAAGCUUUGACCAUCCCACCUCCAAUUCUGAGCACACGGUACUGUAGCCCUCGGCCCAUUUCCCAACCUUCCAGCUGUCUGUCCACCUCAAUGGGGAACCCUAACACCCCCCCCCCCCAGUGCUGUACAGGGUUCAUUUUUGUAGCAAAAAAUGUGUGUGUGUGUGUGUGUGUGUGUGUGUGUGUGUGUGUGUGUGUGUGUGUUGUCCUGGCCCAAAGAUUCUGGAUUUUUUUUUUGUCCCUUUUUCCUUGUUCCCUUCUAAGAUGUACAUAUAUAUAUAUAUUUUCCUUUUCCUUUUUUUUUUCUCCUCCUCUUUCCUUUUGUACAUACACCGUUUGGUGGGGGUUUGUAAAUUAUUCUCGAGGCAAAAAAAGGGAAACGAAAUACACCUGCCCACCCCCCCGCCCCACGCUUGACCCAGGGUCAUAGCCAUGAGGGGAAGUGGGGGGAUCUCCCUAAGGGAGACCCAGCUCUGUAUUAUACAAACUGUAACAUAGACCACCCCUACCCCAAAUCCCCUAUAAAUUGUGGGCAUGAAUGUGGUACCACAGAUUGAGUCAUGGGGGGGGGGACUGGACUAGGCAGAGCCCACCCCUCCCCCCCGUGGGUGAGUGAGUGAGACUGGCCAGGGGGACUCCCCCCACAAAAAAAAAAAAAAAAAAAACCCGUACCAUCAAAGGCUUCUUUCUCUGGAGGGUGGUGGUGGGGCACAGGCCCCCACCCUCACCCCAAGAGCCGUUCAGAUGUCCACUUUUGACGAUGCAUCAGUCAGUCGAAUCUUGUCUCUGAUUAAAUCAAGGUUGUCACUCAA